AUGUCGCUCACCCAACCAGAGCAAACAGACGUCGGUCGUCGUCCCUCUGUCGGGCUCACCCUCAAUCUCUCUUCCAACAACCCUUUCCGCAAUCGCGCCGCCUCACCCGCUUUGUCGACUUCUCCCCUCUCGCCGUUCGCUCCCCCCCCUAGACCAGUAUCGCGAAACCCGUUUCUCGACGCUUCUCCUACAAAUAUUCCACCAGUCGUCGGAUCGCCGGACAAGAUGUCUCCUAGAACAACUACUGCGCCCAAGCCAGCCUUGACUGGAAACGCUGCUGAGCUAUUUGACAAUCUUACCCUUAACGAUCGGCCACCUGCUAGCAACAAUACAACACGUCAACCACCAAAUCGAUCAAAUUCCGGCGACAAGCCGCCACCAUACUCCUCCGUCGCCAGAGGACGGGGCGAGAAUGUACCGCCUCGAGGCCACCCCUCCCACAGACCAUCCCAGUCCCAAGAAGAAGCAUUGCGAGCUCGCAAGCCUGGAGGAUCUAGCAGACCUCGCCCUGCUGAUGAGUUGGACAUCUUCGCUGACCCGCCGGAAUCAUCCUCUUCUCGAAAGCCGGAAUCUCGACGUCCACGACGGAACUCGGACUCGUCGGUGGUAUCGCGCAGUUCAAAAUCGGUCGAUCCCGAGGAGGAGAAAAAGCGUGCCGAAAGACGACGCCGGGAACGUCGACAUCGGGAAGGGAAAUCCUCAUCAAAGACUAGAAGACCAGACCGAAAGCUAGAUAUCAUCGAUAAAUUGGAUGUUACUAGUAUCUAUGGCCCGGGAUUGUUCCAUCAUGACGGUCCAUUUGACGCUUGUAACCCCCACCGAAACCGACAAGGAAGCCGACGGGCGCCGAUGCAAGCCUUUCCAAAGGAUUCUCUGAACAACGUAUUAGGGGGCAGCGGGCCCUUGAACAAGAGACCUGACCACGCAACAUUUCUCGGCAAUAAUGACGAGGAGGCCUUUAGAGAUUACAGCGGUGGAAAGAAUGGCUUUGAGCCUGCCGAUGGGGCGCGGCCAAACGCUCGUCGACAAGACUCGAAUGUUGUCCACGCCACUACACGCGUCGAACCUAUCCAUGGAGAGGAAACACUCGGUCUAGGCACGUCCACUUUCUUGGAAGGUGCCCCUGCUUCCAGAACCGCGAUGCAGCGCCGAGAGAGCGAACAUACGGCUCCAAUAGAUGGUGGCGGCCUAUCGAGGAAGAAGUCACUGGCACAGAGAAUCAAAAGCAUCAACAGCACUAGACGUGAUUAUGGCCCGUCCGGCCGAAUGACUAGCCCAGACGGCAUCAUUUCCUCGAAGUCUCCAGAGAGCGCAACCUUCACCCCAAGCGGAGGCAAGAUCCAUGAGUCGAACCCUUUCUUUGACGAGUUUACCAAAGGCGACGAUAGCAGGAAAGAAAGCAUUACCAUAGUCGAACCGGACAAGAUAGGUCGAGCACGAGCUCCAAGCAGUCCACGUCGGGGAUUUCCUGGUUUGGAGAGACGGGUUACUAGCGAUGGUAGUACUGGUGCUGAGCCGCCCGCCAAGGUUGGGGGUGGUUUCCUUUCCCGUGUGAAGAGCUUGAAAGGUGGACCGAGGAAGGGGAAGUCGGUUCCAGAGCCCUAG